CAGCGACAUUUGUGUGAUACAUCGAAUCAGCCACAAUCCUUGGGUGUUAAAACAAAAUACUGCAUCAUGUCAAAAAAAAUUAUAUGCCUGUUUGAUGUUGAUGGUACACUCACCGAACCACGACAGCCAAUCAGUUCGAGCGUUGAGAAAUUUAUCCUGGAGACUGUGAAAAAAGAAUUUGAUAUUGCAGUGGUCGGAGGAUCUGAUUUAAACAAAAUAAAAGAACAAUUAGGUUGUGAAAAUCUAUUUGAAAAGUACAAAUAUGUCUUUGCAGAAAAUGGACUUGUCGCAUUCAAGGAUGGUAAAACUCUACCAUCGCAAUCAAUCCAGGAUGUACUGGGAGAGGAUGAUCUGCAGGAUUUUAUAAAUUUUGUCUUACGAUACAUAUCUGAAUUAAACUUGCCAUUUAAACGUGGCACGUUUGUGGAAUUUCGUACAGGCAUGAUAAAUAUUUCACCAACAGGACGAAAUUCCAGCAAGAAAGAACGCGAGCAGUUUUAUGAAUAUGAUUGUGAACAUCAUAUCCGUGAGAAAUUUAUACAAGCCCAAAAAGAGUUUCCUGAUUUGGCUCUGACCUACAGUAUCGGAGGGCAAAUCUCUUUUGAUGUUUUUCCUAUCGGUUGGGAUAAAACAUAUUGCUUGCGUCAUAUUCAGGGAUAUGAUGAAAUACAUUUCUUCGGUGAUAAAACAGCUGAGGGUGGUAACGAUCACGAAAUUUACGAAAGUGAUUUGACGAUAGGACAUCGCGUCACUUGUCCCAAAGAUACAAUAAAUCAAUUGAACGUCCUUAUGACACUCGUAAAAGAGAAUAGAGAAAAAGAGCAGCUUGGUGUUCCACUACAAUGUGUCUGAUAAGUCUAAGAAUAACAAUAGUUUUCUAGAUCAAGAUAAAAAUUUAUAUUUUCAAUACAUAAUAUAAUAUAUGCGUAAAUUCGUUUCUCUUUUUUUCAAUUUUUUUUGUAAUAUUCCUGAUGAUAAGAAUGUAAAGUAUUUAAUUGUUAUAUAUUUUUAGAUGAAGGUUCGAUGUUUUAAAAAUUUGAUGUUUUUUAUGCACAUUUAAAAAUAUAUUUCUACAUGUUCUCUACACAUGUUCUUUUAUGAGGUUUUCUUAUCCUCUGAAUACAAAAAUCCCCCGAAAUACAAAAAUUAAAAUAAUUAAAUUUUAAAAAUGUUUUAAUGUUCGAUAUUAAUAGCAAUUUUUUUGUAUUUCCGGGAGAUAAAAUUUACACGCGCAAGUCUCGUACAUACAUACACCAUCACACACAUCCUAAUGCAUUACAUAAUAUAAUAUAUUCGCAAUUCGUUUUUCGAAAACAAUAACAAUAUUAACAAAAAAAUAUAAGAACGUUACGAUAUUGGAAAAUCUACAACGGCGUAGAAUAUUUCCGUUAUAUACUAUAUAAAAGGCACCUUUAUUUCAUUAGCAUAUGCAAAUGUACUAGGCAUUAUGCAAGGUUAAUAUUGCAUCCGCAUCUGUUACGCAGGUUGCAUAAAAAACAUAAACGUUACCUUUUUAUCUCUCUAAAUAGUUUUCGUUACGUAAGUUUCGAUUUUUCACGUCAACACGGUUCGAAAAUAUGUUAAGUAUAUCACAAAAUCGAUUUAGGAAAACGUUUAUACAUAUAUAUUGUAAAAAAAGCUCAUAUAAAAUUCCUUUCGUUCAUAUGUAAAAUUAA